AUGAGAUAUGACAAAACACUUCCACAGCUGCGGAUCAUCCAGGUCAAUGUGGCCCGGAGUCCCUCCCCUCAUGAAGCUGCUCUCCAACUUGCUUUCGAACAAGACUACCAUGUCAUUCUUAUCCAAGAGCCAUGGAUUUCUGCUUUCCGCACACGACGCCUCUCUAAACACCACCCUGCCUUCAAUCUAUUCACACCA